AUGGAUUAUAUAGAAGCAGCAAAAAAUAAAACAGCUGAUUUUUAUAAACAAUGGGUUCGGCUAUCAAACAUGGAGAAUAAAGCUCCAGAAAAUUUGACAACUAUUAAUGAUCUUCCUUUCUACAAUGAUCAAAAGACAGAUUUGACAAAGUAUACAUAUGUUGAAGAAUCACCAAUUUUACUUCAAAAGUCAGUUUCAGUAGCACGUCAAAUAGCAUCCGAUCAAUAUUCUUUGAUUUCUGAACGUUUUGAAGUUGUUAAUAAAUUUGGAAAAUGUGUAAAAAAACAUUAUUACAAUACCAAAGAAUAUAUUGAGAAGGAAGGUACAGUGAUUCCAAAAGCAGCAAUUAUAACUUUAGGUGGAAUCUCUGGAUUUAUACUUUAUUUUAGAAGAUAUGGUUUAAGGAAAUAUUUUUAUGCUACAGCAGGUAUUGGGGUUAUGACGGCUUUUUGUUAUCCUGAAGAAACUGUUGAUGUUGUCAAAACAGGAUAUUACCACUCUUUAUCAGCAUAUGAAAAAUUUAAAGAAGGCGAUAAAAAAGAAAAAAAACAUUAA